AUGGUACAUCUUCCGGAGGAUGCUCCUUCGCCAAGGCUUUGCUUGGUGGAGAAACUAUCACCUGAACAGGAAUAUGGCUACAAUCUACAUGCUGAAAAGGGACGUGGUCAGUAUGUUGGAAUGGUUGAUAAGGUCGUCGAACGAAUCAAAGAGAACGCUUUACGUUGCGAAAUGUUAGUGAUUUCUGAGGAGGGGGCUCGGUGGUAUCAAGAACACGGGAUCGAGAUCAACUUACAAUUACCAAAUAUACAAAAAGUCGGAGGACAGACGAGUCGACGAGGAACUCAAGCAAAUGGAAGCCCUCCACCUGCUGCUGGCUGGUAUGCGCCAAGUAACAAGGUUGGUGAUUAUUUAUCAUAUAGACUGAAAGCAUUUUUCAACUUUAGCACUCCAAGGACCCCUUAAAA